AUGUCUAAAAUAUUUACCCCAACGAAUCAAAUUCGAUUAACUAAUGUCGCCAUUGUAAGAUUGAAGAAAAGUGGUAAAAGGUUUGAAAUUGCCUGCUAUAGAAAUAAAGUUAUAUCUUGGCGAAACAAAGUAGAGAAGGACAUAGAUGAAGUUUUACAAACACAUACUGUAUUUACAAAUGUUUCAAAAGGCCAAGUUGCUAAAAAAGAAGAUCUAGUCAAAAUAUUUGGUAAAGAGGAUCACACUGAGAUAUGCAAGGAAAUAUUGGAAAAGGGAGAAUUACAAGUGUCUGAUAAAGAGAGGCAUUCUCAAAUUGAUGCUUUAUUCAAAGACAUUGCAACAACUGUAGCUGACAAAUGUGUCAAUCCAGAGACUAAAAGGCCAUAUCCGGUUUCAAUAAUAGAAAAGGCCAUGAAAGAUAUUCAUUUUUCAGUUAAUGUAAACAAAAAUGCAAAACAGCAAGCAUUGGAUGUAAUCCAAAUGAUUAAGAAAGAGAUCCCUCUUGAAAGAGCUCAAAUGAGGGUCAGAAUAGUAUUAAGUGGUAAAGAAGCACGUAAGAUAAGAGAUAAGGCUGUGAAAUUAACAUCAAAAGUUGAAGAAGAAAGUUGGGAAGCUGGAACUGCUAACAUUAUCUGCUUAAUAGAUCCAGGUAGCUUCAGAAACCUAGACGAAAUGAUUAGAAGUGAUACAAAAGGUACUGGGCAAUUUGAAUUACUCAAUCUGAAAGAAACAAUUGAGGGAGAACAAACACUGUAA